GAUGGGAGUGGAAGGUGUUGCAGACGCCUAGACAGAGUGGGCUCAGUUUCCCCCUUAGUCACUCUCCUGCCCCCUCUCUCGUGACUUCCUGUGUCCAACGGGCUGGGAGUGAUUCUGGAGUGACUCAGGGACACCCACUGCACCUCCGGAUUCCCUGGAAAGGGCGAGGGGCUGGAUGGUGUACACCCCGAGGCUACACGCCCCAGCGGGAGGGGGAGUGUUGUCGCAGAGCUGGUGCAGGGCAGGGGGAAGGCGAGGGGACACACACACACCUGGUUCCCCCAGUGUGAUCUCGCAGAGAGAGACACUGGGCGAGUGUGAAGGACCUGGGGGUAUGAGGACCAGAGCUGCCCGGCCUCUCCUCCUGCCUCUACCCCAUCCCCAGCAGAGCCCUGCAGCCUGGCCCCGGGCCAGCAGCAGGCUCAGCAGGUCCCAAGGGGUGUGGUGGAGCCAGCCUACAUCAGCCAGGCAGUCGGCAGAGAGUCCAUCGGGAACGGCUGAGCUCGUGGCAGCCGGAGUCCGGAGAGUGGCGCGGCCAUGAGCCCUCUGCUAUACUACGCCCUGCCCGCCCUGGGCAGCUAUGUCAUGCUCUCCAUCUUCUUCCUGCGCCGGCCCCGCCUGCUGCACACACCGUGGGCUCCAGCCUUCUAUCCCCGCCUGGGAGCCCACCGGGGAGGAUCCGGAGAGCGCCUGGAGAACACCAUGGAGGCCAUGGAGAACUCCAUGGCCCAGAGAGCUGACCUCCUAGAGCUCGACUGCCGGCUGACCCGGGAUGGCGUGGUGGUGGUGUCACAUGACAAGAACCUGUCCCGCCAGUCAGGCGUGAAUAGGGACGUGAGCAGCCUGGACUUUGAGGAGCUGCCCCUCUACAAGGAAGAGCUGGAGGUUUACUUCUCACCAGGCCACUUCGCACACGGCUCAGACCGGCGCAUGGUCAGGCUGGAGGACCUGUUCCAGAGGUUCCCGCGGAUGCCCAUGAGCGUGGAGGUCAAAGAGCAAAAUGAAGAGCUUAUUCGCAAGAUAGCAGGCCUGGUGAGGCGCUUUGAUCGCAGUGGAAUCACCAUCUGGGCCUCGGAGAAGAGCGCGAUCAUGAAGAAAUGCAAGGCCGCUAACCCCGAGAUGCCCAUCUCCUUCACAGUGAGCCGAGGAUUCUGGGUGCUGCUGCUCUAUUACCUGGGGCUGUUGCCCUUCGUCCCCAUCCCCGAGAAGUUCCUCAUCUGUUUUCUGCCCACCAUUAUCAACAGGACCUACUUCCCAUUCUCCUGCUCUGGGCUGAAUCAGCUGGCGGCUGUGGUUUCCAAAUGGUUCAUCAUGAGGAAAAGUCUGAUCCGACACCUGGAGCAGCGAGGCGUGCAGGUGAUAUUUUGGUGCCUUAAUGAAGAGUCUGAUUUUGAAGCAGCCUACGGCCUGGGAGCCACUGGCAUCAUAACUGAUUACCCGACAGCCCUUAGGCGCUACCUGGACAACCACAGACCUGGACAACCACCAGCCUCCUAACCCAGAGGUCCUCACCGGCUCCUCUUUUUCUUUUUUUGCUUUUUUUUAGGGCUGCACCUGCGGCAUAUGGAAGUUCCCAGGCUAGGGGUGAAAUCAGAGCUACAGCCAUGGCACACAACCCCACAGCCACAGCAACGCAGAUCUGAGCCCCAUCUGCGACCUACCACAGCUCAGGGCUACGCUGUGGUCGAACACUGGACAAGGCUAAGGGGUCGAACCUGCAUCCUCAUGGAUACUAGUGGGAUUCGUUUCCGCUGCGCCACAAUAGGAACUCCCCCCCUCCUCUAUUUCUCUUCCUCAAUAAAUAUUUUCUUCUCA